CUUUCUCAGAAAGCUUGGGCUCAGGAAUAAAACCAGAGGGCAAGGCUGGAGGAGUCACUUCCAUGCAGCCAGCCCAAGAGUGCCACACCUAAGACCAGACACCCCGAGGACGAGCCACCCUGAGGAAGACAACAAUGACAGAGCAACAGCAGGUCCCAUACACACGGAAUGUGUCCUUGUGUAUUGGUUCUUCAGUGACAAUCAGAGGGACACCUGCCAACUCUUUCAGGAAGGACCCACAGUUGCAGGUGGAUUUCCACAUGGGCACUAAUGAGAGGUCUGACAUCGCCUUCCAUUUACGAGUGUACUUUGGCCACUGUGUGGUCAUGAACAGCCUUCGGUGUGGGGGCUGGGACUGUGAGGUGAAAUCCUCCCACAUGCCCUUCAUGGAGUGCAAACAGUUUGAACUGCGCAUCUUGGUGCUACACAAUGAGUACCAGGUAAUGGUCAACGGCCAGCACUGUUACAGCUUUGCCCACCGAGUCCACCCCGGGUCUGUGAGGAUGAUGCAGGUGUGGAGAGAUGUCUACCUGACCUCAGUGGACGUCUGCUAGAGAUGGAGGCUUCCAGACUCCCCGUGAUCAAGGAAGCCCUUUCUCUAUGUGACCUGUGGAUUCCCAAAGCUAGCACAAUGAUUCUUCCUCAUCUUGUUAUCUAUAUUUGCUCAAUAAAACUUCACCAACUUAA